CACGAGAGUCUAAGCUUAUUGGAGGCAAGCUUGCUUUACGGCUCAAGGCCGCUUUUUACGGCAUUUUCCGGCUUCCCAUUCACUUCGAAGUGAAGAUGGCGUCGGGCAGUGGGACAAAAAACUUGGACUUUCGCCGAAAGUGGGACAAAGAUGAAUAUGAGAAGCUCGCCGAGAAGAGGCUCACGGAAGAGAGAGAAAAGAAGGAUGGAAAACCAGUGCAGCCAGUCAAGCGAGAGCUUCUCCGGCAUAGGGACUACAAGGUGGACCUGGAAUCCAAACUUGGGAAGACAAUCGUCAUUACCAAGACCACCCCACAGUCUGAGAUGGGAGGAUACUAUUGCAAUGUCUGUGACUGUGUGGUGAAAGACUCCAUCAACUUCCUGGAUCACAUUAAUGGAAAGAAACAUCAGCGAAACCUGGGCAUGUCUAUGCGUGUGGAACGUUCCACUUUGGAUCAGGUGAAGAAACGUUUUGAAGUCAACAAGAAGAAGAUGGAAGAGAAGCAGAAGGAUUAUGAUUUUGAGGAAAGGAUGAAGGAACUCAGAGAAGAGGAGGAAAAGGCCAAAGCCUACAAGAAAGAGAAACAGAAGGAGAAGAAAAGGAGGGCUGAGGAGGACUUGACAUUUGAGGAGGAUGAUGAGAUGGCAGCUGUGAUGGGCUUCUCUGGCUUUGGUUCCACCAAGAAGAGUUACUGAGGCUUUUUAUGCUUGGCUUUUUGCCAGGCCUAACUUUGUGUGUGUGGGCGUCAUCUUUUGGGAGGUACUGGGGAAAGUCCUUAAGAGUGGCAGUGGGGAGGGCUAGAGGGUGGGUGUUUGUGGUUUCCCUCUACCUUGGGAGAGAGCACAGGAUGCAAAGGAAUGUGCUGUGGCAUGUUCCUUCAGCCUCAGUAUUUCACUGGAGACAGAGGACGUCUGAUCAUCUGAGUUCCCAAUAAAGAAAAACCACCUCUUCUGAGGCUGCUUUCCGGAAACUCCCCUUGCAUCUUUCCCUCUUCAUCUGUCCAUCUCAUCUGAGCAUCCUACAUUUACCCUGUGUUCUGCCUUUGUUUUAAUUUUUACUCUUGCUUAGCCUACAGCAGAAGGGUUCUCUGGGUCCCCAGUUUCCAGUUGAUAGCUUAUCCUUGCCUGGCCCCUCCUUUUGCCAUUCUCCCCCAGUCCCGCCCCGUGGUUCUCCGGCCAUCUGUGCAUGCAUGUGUACUUCUGCCUGGGUCAUUGGUAUGUGCGGGUGCGUGUGCAUGAAACUGUCACAUAGAGGGAGCCUAAGCUAGAGCCUCAGGAGCAUUGCUAGAGCCUCAGGGGCCUGGUGUUCUCAGCUUCCUCAGAGCAUGUAACAGGAAAUUAAAUGGGAUGAGUGUUUGGUGUGGUUUUGUCUGGUGAGUUUUUUAACCUUUGUUCUUCAUAUGUAAACUGUUCAGCUUUUCCUAUUUGUUUCAUUUUAUUGAGGAUUACUCUGUUUUUGUCUUCCUUGUAAGCAGGCUCUUGGAAGAACCUGUUUGAUGCAAAAAAGAAAAAGGAGAAAACCUCAUAUGGGAGCCCUUGGGUCUCAGAGGCUGUUCAACAUGUAUAAUAAAUAGCAUUGACUGGGCCUAUUUCACAUUUGGUGGGAACAUCCCAUAUUCUUCCCUGUGUAUUGUUUUUUUCUUCUCCAUACUUAUUCUUCUCCCUUCAUUUGAGCCCUGUCACUUUUUUUCUAGGUGCCUUCAACACGAAUUAUACUUUACUCUGAUGUGAUCUGUGUCUGGAGGAGUUUGAAUAUAACUUUUCCUGUAA